AUGGCGUGAACCCGGGAGGCGGAGCUUGCAGUGAGCCGAGAUCGCACCACUGCACUCCAGCCUGGGUGACAGAGCGAGACUCCGUCUCAAAAUAAAUAAAUAAAUAAAUAAAUAAAUAAAAGACCACGAAAUUUUGGCAAAACUAAGUGUAAUAAAAAACGUGUAUCCAGAAUAUAUAAAGAAUUUGCGGCCAGGCACCGUGGCUCACGCCUGUAAUCCCAGCACUUUGGGAGGCCGAGGCGGCCAGAUCACCUGAGGUCAGGAGCUCGAGACCAGCAACAUGGAGAAACCCCGUUUCUAGUAAAAAUACAAAAUUAGCCCAGCAUGGUGGCACAUGCCUGUAACUCCAGCUACUCAGGAAGGCUGAGGCAGGAGAAUCGCUUGAACCCAGGAGGCGGAGGGUGCGGUGAGCCGAGAUCGUGCCAUUGCACUCCAGCCUGGGCAACAAGAGCGAAACUCUGUCUCAAGAAAUAAAGAAUUUGCAAAGCUCAAUAAUAAGACAUGGGGAAAAAAUUUGAACAGACUUGAGAAGAUACAGAUGGCAAACAUGCACAUUAAAAGAUGUUCAGCAUCAUUAGUCAUUAGGGAAAUGCCCAAGUUAAAGCCAGAGAGAUACUGCUACACACCUAGAAGAAUGGCUAAUGUUUAAAAAACUCACCAUGCUAUGUGCUGUUGAGUAUGUAAAGCAACAAGAACUGCCAAACACUGCUGAUGGGGAUGUAAAACUGCACCACCACUUUGGAAAACAGUUUGAUAGUUUCUUAAGACAUUAAAAAUACAUCUACCUUAUGAUCCCUGCAUUCCACUCUUAGGUAUUUACCCAAGGGAAAAGGAAAUAUAUGUCCAUGCAAAAACUUACACAUGAAUUUUCAUAGCAGCUUUAUUUGUAAUAGCCAAAAACUGGACACAACUCAAACAUCCAUCAACAGAUAAAUGGAUAAAUUGUGGCACACCAUCCAGUGCAAUACUCGGCAAUAAAAAGGAACAACUGGUACACGUGAGUGAGCCUCUAAAUAAUUGUGCUAAGUGAAAAGCCAUAUAGAAGACAGUACAUGCGGCUGGCUGUGGUGGCUCACACCUGUAAUCCCAGCACUUUGGGAGGCUGAGGCAGGCAGAUCACUUGAGGUCAGGAGUUCAAGACCAACCUGGCCAACAUGGUGAAACCCCAUCUCUACUAAAAAUACAAAAAUUAGCUGGGCAUGGUGGCCUGCUCCUGUAGUCCCAGAUACCCAGGAGGCUGAGGCAGAACUGCUUGAAUCUGGGAGGGGGAGGUUGCAGUGAGCUGAGACUGCACUCCAGUAUGGGUGACAAAGUGAGACUUCACCUCAAAAAAAAAAAAAAAAAAAGGAUAUAUGAUUCCAUAUAUCCCAAAAUCUAGCAAAUGCAAACUGUAAAAAACAGCAAAUCAAUGGUUGCUUUUGGAUGGCAGUGGGCAUGGAGAGGCAGGAGGGAGGGAUUACGAAGAGGCAUGACAAAACUUUUGGGGUGACAGGUACAUUUACUAUCUUGAUUGUGAUAGUGGCUUCAUAAUCUUGUGUAAUGCUCGGAAUGUCUACUUUUUGUGUUUCAAUUAUACCUCAAAGAAGGGUUAUUUUAAAAAAAAUUUUAAAAAACAAGCCGAGCGCAAUGGCUCAUGCCUGUAAUCCCAGCACUUUGGGAAGGCAAGGCGGCAGAUCACAAGGUCAAGAGUACAAGACCAGCCUGGCUAAUAUGGUGAAACCCUGUCUCUACUAAAAAUACAAAAAUUAGCCAGGCAUGGUGGCAGGCUCCUGUAGUCCCAGCUACUUGGGAGCCUGAGGCAGGAGAAUCCCUUGAACCUGGUGGGGCAGAGGUUGCAGUGAGCCAGCAUCAUGCCACUGCACUCCAGCCUGGGUGACAGAGUGGGACUCUGUCUCAAAAAAAAAAAAAAAAUUGUGCAUAGUUGGAAAAGAAAAUACUAGUUUUCAUGGGUGAUUGGCAACUAGCUCUAAGUGGAACAAGUGCAUUUUCCUUUCCUUCCAGGUCCCAGAGAAAAACCUCCAUGCUGGGUUGAUAGCAGCAGCUAGGAUCAGUUGCCCAAGGCUCUGGAUUCUCGAGAUGAAGACCGUCAGCAGAGGCUGACCUCUCCUGCGGGCUCAUGUCCUAAAGCACCUUAUUUGGGCUCAAAUAUCCUCCCUUUUAGGACAGAAGAGAAGUUCCCGAGUCUUGGUCACAUUGGGCCUGUGGAGUACAGUAUCUUUUCUACAUAUAUCCUUUUGAUGUUCUCAGCAUCCCUGCAAGGCAGGCUAAGGCAUGAGGAGCCUCAGGCCCAGGGAGCUGAAGGAAGAUUCCAAGAGCUGGGUGUGGAUGCCGCACCCCUGAGCCUGGGCCGCCUGGGUUUUGCUCAGCCUGGGAAGUACUUCCAAACCCACUCUUCGCUAGUCUCUUAGAAUCCUGCGGGAGGGCAAAGCCCAGAUCAUCAUGGCUGCUUCCACCAUGUAGCUGCAGAUCAGGAAACUGAGGUCCAGGGAGGUCCUGACUGGCUUUGCCCCAGGGACAACGAAGCUUGAAGUCUGUUCCCCACAGGAGGACCAUGAUGGUUCUCUUGCUUCAAAUGGCCUCUUUGGAAGGGGCUUGCUCAUUUAGGUGAAUCCUGGGGCCAAGCAGCCCCAGUGACAGUCCCUGGGAUGGCGGUAGGAGAGGGAGCAGCAGGCAGGCGUUAACGUCACAGACUGGCACCAGACCACCCGGGCUUACACUCUGGCUCCUCCAGUUUCUGGCUCUUUGAACUUGGACAAGUAAUCCCCUUUCUUUAUUUUUUCUUUUUUUGAGACAGUCUCACUCCGUCACCCAGGCUGGAGUGCAAUGGCGCAAUCUCGGCUCACUGCAACCUCCACCCACCAGGUUCAAGCAAUUCUCCUGCCUCAGCCUCGUAAGCAGCUAGGAUUACAGGCACCCACCAACACCCUGACUAGUUUUUUUGUUUUUUUUUUAGUAGAGAUUGGGUUUUGCCAUGUUGGCUAGCCUAAGUCUUGAACUCCUGACCUCCACCCGCCUCGGCCUCCCAAAGUGUUGGGAUUACAGGCAUGAGCCACGCCGCCUGGCCAACAAGUCCCCUUUCUUAACCUCUUUCUGCCUCAGUCGACUCACCUGGAAAACAGCACCUACCUCCUUCAAAUGAGAAGAGAAAGGAGUAUAAGGCCAUCAGAACAGUACCUGGCACAAGGGAGGCUAUGGAAGUGCUUGUUGAAUAAAAAAAAAGGCUUCAUCUCUGGCCUAGUCCCAAAGGUUUGGGUUCUUGCCAUUGCCACCCAGAGAGCCCUGGGUGGAGGCCCUGCUGACAUUGAAGAGUGCUUGCCCUCCUCCCCUCAAUGCGGUAGACACUUUCCAAAACUUACGUCAUCCUCACUCCAGUGGGACAAUGGAAGGCUUGGUGUACCUCAUUCCCAAGAUGAGGGAACAGGCUCUGAGAGGACCACAUCUCCAGCAAGUGACACGCUGGGACCAAGGCCAGUCCUGUCUGCCUCCUAGACUAGGCGUGAGUGAGGACCGGCCUGAGUACAGCCCACCUGCUUCCUCCUCCGUUUGGAGCUUGGGCUGGAGCUGUCCUGGCCAGUACUCUCUGCCUCACCAGGCUGCAUGAGCUACAAGCUGCCACUUCCUGGAGCUUGGUGGCCCUGCCCUCGACGGCCUUGCUGGUGGUCGUGAAGGCUCCGUGAAAGCUGUUAACACCUGCAUGGCAGUGAGGCCAACCUUCCCCACUUGAUCUGUUUCAGGCUCUGGCUCCGCUACUGCAUCGUGUGCUUCUGUCCAAGAGGCAGAGAGACUGAAACUAUCUGCUGCCGCCUGGAUUCUCCCAGAGCUUGCCUGGAACACCAGCUCAGGUCCUCACGCGCCAUCCUGCGGGUGCAGCCCAGAACUGUCUUCUGAGGAAGAGGUGCUCUCCUGGGACCCCACUGUCCCCAGGCCUCAGCAAGGCAAGUGAGGUGCUGCUGUCAUCCAGGCUGGACAGUUCAGUGAUUUGCCUGAGGCCCCACAGCAGGAGAACGGGGAGGCUGCCUGAUCAGAGAAUCUCUGAAGAAGAUUCUGUGGCUACAGGCUUCUGCAGAGUGUGAGGGAGACCCUGGUUAUUUCCUCAGCUGUUUCCAACAAAUCCUCCCAUCUUUCGUGGCCAACACCCCAGGCAAGGCUUGGGGCCCCCGUCUGCUGCUGGACGCAGAGCCAUGAAGAAGAAGUUAGUGGUGCUGGGCCUGCUGGCCGUGGUCCUGGUGCUGGUCAUUGUUGGCCUCUGUCUCUGGCUGCCCUCGGCCUCCGAGGAACCUGACAACCAUGUGUACACCAGGGCUGCCGUGGCUGCGGAUGCCAAGCAGUGCUCGGAGAUUGGGAGGGACGCACUGCGGGAUGGUGGCUCUGCGGUGGACGCAGCCAUUGCAGCCCUGUUGUGUGUGGGGCUCAUGAAUGCCCACAGCAUGGGCAUCGGGGGUGGCCUCUUCCUCACCAUCUACAACAGCACCACGCGAAAAGCUGAGGUCAUCAACGCCCGCGAGGUGGCCCCCAGGCUGGCCUUUGCCAGCAUGUUCAACAGCUCGGAGCAGUCCCAGAAGGGGGGGCUGUCAGUGGCGGUGCCCGGGGAGAUCCGAGGCUAUGAGCUGGCACAUCAGCGGCAUGGGCGGCUGCCCUGGGCUCGCCUCUUCCAGCCCAGCAUCCAGCUGGCCCGCCAGGGCUUCCCCGUGGGCAAGGGCUUGGCAGCAGCCCUGGAAAACAAGCGGACCGUCAUUGAGCAGCAGCCUGUCUUGUGUGAGGUGUUCUGCCGGGAUGGAAAGGUGCUUCGGGAGGGGGAGAGACUGACCCUGCCGCGGCUGGCUGACACCUACGAGACGCUGGCCAUCGAGGGUGCCCAGGCCUUCUACAACGGCAGCCUCACGGCCCAGAUUGUGAAGGACAUCCAGGCGGCCGGGGGCAUUGUGACAGCUGAGGAUCUGAACAACUACCGUGCUGAGCUGGUCAAGCACCCGCUGAACAUCAGCCUGGGAGACGCGGUGCUGUACAUGCCCAGUGCGCCGCUCAGCGGGCCCGUGCUGGCCCUCAUCCUCAACAUCCUCAAAGGGUACAACUUCUCCCGGGCAAGCAUGGAGACCCCUGAGCAGAAGGGCCUGACGUACCACCGCAUCGUAGAGGCUUUCCGGUUUGCCUACGCCAAGAGGACCCUGCUUGGGGACCCCAAGUUUGUGGAUGUGACUGAGGUGGUCCGCAACAUGACCUCGGAGUUCUUCGCUGCCCAGCUCCGGGCCCAGAUCUCUGAUGACACCACUCACCCGAUCUCCUACUACAAGCCCGAGUUCUACACGCCGGAUGACGGGGGCACUGCUCACCUGUCUGUUGUCGCAGAGGACGGCAGUGCUGUGUCCGCCACCAGCACCAUCAACCUCUACUUUGGCUCCAAGGUCCGCUCCCCGGUCAGCGGGAUCCUGUUCAAUAAUGAAAUGGAUGACUUCAGCUCUCCCAGCAUCACCAACGAGUUUGGGGUGCCCCCCUCACCUGCCAAUUUCAUCCAGCCAGGGAAGCAGCCGCUCUCGUCCAUGUGCCCGGCGAUCAUGGUGGGCCAGGACGGCCAGGUCCGGAUGGUGGUGGGAGCUGCUGGGGGCACACAGAUCACCACGGCCACUGCACUGGUAUGUGUCACGCCUUUUCUCCCUGGCCCUGCCCACCCUGCACAGCCCCCAGGCCAUGCUGAUCACACUCCCAUGCCCCAGGCCAUCAUCUACAACCUCUGGUUUGGCUAUGACGUGAAGCAGGCCGUGGAGGAGCCCCGGCUGCACAACCAGCUUCUGCCCAACGUCACGACAGUGGAGAGAAAUAUUGACCAGGCAGUGACUGCAGCCCUGGAGACCCGGCACCAUCACACCCAGAUCGCGUCCACCUUCAUCGCUGUGGUGCAAGCCAUCGUCCGCACGGCUGGUGGCUGGGCAGCUGCCUCGGACUCCAGGAAAGGCGGGGAGCCUGCCGGCUACUGAGUGCUCCAGGAGGACAAGGCUGACAAGCAAUCCAGGGACAAGAUACUCACCAGGACCAGGAAGAGGACUUUGGGGGACGGGCUUUGCCUGUGAGCAGCAGAGCAGCACAAUAAAUGAGGCCACUGUGCCAGGCUCCAGGCGGCUUCCCUGGCCUGGCUCCCCA